AUGGGAGGUUUUGAGGGUCAUCUGUACCCGGGACUGUCUCUCUUCCUCUACGGACUUUAUCACGCACGACUUGUCUCCAGGGCCUUGAUAUGCAACCACCCUGUCCAGUAUCUGCCACGCCGCCCCUGGAGCAAGGGAAGGUGGGCAAGGCUGCAGCAAAUCCACUACGUUGGGUUGGUGAAGAUAUUGAGUGCCUGUAUUUUAGUGGCCCAAGAGCUGCACAGCAUCCACGGACAGCUUGUACUCAUCAGCAAGGUUUUUCAUCAGAGAGACUUUUUCUACCGCAAACAGUGGCAGCAUCUCACCCUCUAUAUGACCUUCUUCCUGAGUGGGUGUGUGGACGUGGUGAGUCAGAACCUGCUGCCCUGGAGGUGCGCUGCAGUGGAGCAAAGUGCCCAAGCCCUGGGCCUGUUUCUGUUCCUCCCCCUGCUGGUGUCGCACAUGCAGGACACAGAGGGAGUGGAGCUGCUGGCGCACAUCCUGCUCACCCAGGCCAUGUUCCUGCUGACGGUGGUGGUAAUCGCAGAGCUGUGGGCUCCCAACAUGCUUCAGCUCUGGGCGAUGAAGGCCUUUCUAUAUAUGCUAAUUGGUUCUUGGCUGAUGCAGAUCGGUUUUAUGCUCUUCAGACCUAUCUCUGGCUACAAAUGGAUGGAUGAUGACCAGCACGACAUCAUGUUUGUCACCACCUUCUUCUGCUGGCAUGUGGCUUUCGUUGCCCUUUUGAUGACCUGGAUCUACGGCUUCUCCUUUUGGUGGGUUCGUUACAUUCGUUGA